AUGGCGGCGGAGGCGAUUCCGGGUACACCCAGAAUCCGGGAUGUGAGAAUCCAACCCGGAUCCGAGAGUUUCAACCCGGAAUGUACAAGGGGAGGAAGAGGAGGCUUGAGAGCUGAAUUCGACAUUUCUCCACCGUUCGAAUCGGAUCAGAAGGCGGUAACCGGAUUUGACGGUCGUGGGGCUUGGGUUCCUUUCAUGAUCGGAGACAAUCACGACGGUGUGGGAGAAUUUGACAUAAAGAGAAUGGAAGAGAAUGCGGUGGAGCUUGAGAAGGAACUGAUUAUGAAAGAGUUAGAAACUCUGGAUUUUCUAGAAGCACUUGGAUCAACGAAAAAGAUUCUCGAAGACUUGAAGCUGGAGCUGCAGCAGCAAGCCUUGAGGCGCAUGGAGACCCCUGAACAUUCGCAUUCACAAACCAAAGAGAUGAUCGCUGAACGAUGUCAUCUUAAUCCCCUGGAAUUGAAUCAAGCGAGAAUGAAACUUGGUAAAACCAUGGAUGAUCUUGCAAUGAUCCAAUCCUAUGUUGAGUCUCUGAAUAUGAAUACCGAGGAAGAGAAAGAUUUCCUUGGAGAAGUAUCUUUAGCUGAGGAGCUUAACAGUUUGAGGUUAAAACCAGCAGGUCCAGAUCAAGGAGAGAGAUUCAAUACCGAGAAUUUACCUGUGAAACCGCAAUGUGAACAGGUUAAGAUGGUAGUUGAGGAAACCAAUGAUACAGCUUUCCAAAUACAGAGCGAGGCCUGUCUGAAAGCUGCAGAAAUGAGAUUGGUUGCUGCAAGAAAAAUGGAAGAAGCUGCAAGAGCAGCGGAAGCACUUGCGAUUGCUGAAAUGAGCGUAUUAUCUAGCGGUAUAAACCAAGACGGUGUCUGCUUCCCAGAGCCACCGAGAUCACCUUCAACACUUCAAGCACUGAUGAACGAAGACUUAUCAACCGAUAUCUCAAGAACAGAGAUCCUGAGGAAGCUGGAAGAAGCUAAUGAAGAAGUUAAACAAAGUAAACAAGCGUUGGAAAUGGCAUCAAAACGGGUAGAAAUCGCUAGUGUGAAGCAACUUGAAGCAGAAGAUGCGUUUCGCCAGUGGAACAUAGAGUCAUGGAAAGAUCAGAAAGCGAUCAGAGCAAAACGCUCGAUGAAAGGAGAUAACUUUCAUCGACGCUCCUUCUUGAGCCAUGUGAACCAGCAGCACGAGCCGCUGAUCAAUCUCCCUAAGCAAAUGCUGAAACGCAACGCCUCAAUGCGCAAUGUUCUAAACAGGAAACAAGUCCAUACCAUCGAUGAGAAAGAGUUUGUUACGCCGAGGAGAAAGUUUAGGUUCAUCCACAUCAAGCUUCCAGAAUCAGAGUAA